CGUUGGUGUAGGUCGUCGCGCGGGUAUACCUGCAGCCUGCGUUUUUAACUUUAUUGCGUAAUAUUAACUAUUUCGUUACUUUGUGUAUGUGAUUUAUAUUUAAUAUUAGACAAAUAUAAAGAAGUAAUAAUUAGUAGAUUAAUGUGAUAUAAUGUGUAAGAGAUUUAAUGUAGAUCUAUUUGAAAUAUGUAUGUGUGAAAAGUGUGCAUAUCAGGACUUGCAAUUAAGCCGACCAUAAAGCGUUCAUUGCAGACCAAGAUGUUUCGUUCGUGUUUGGAGGCGUACAUGGCGGAGGCUCCCAGAAUGCUCUCGCCGAGGGACUUACAGUUGCUCCGUCCUACCAGAUGCAGCAUGGACGCACCAACGCUAACGGUCAGCCUCUCAUGGCUGAACCCUAUUUUGAUGCUCAGACCCCCAAGAUCGUCACCGCUCUCGUUGCAAAAUCGGCCUACCUCACCUGCCGCGUACGCAAUUUAGGAAACCGAACGGUGUCUUGGAUUCGUCACCGUGAUCUACACAUUUUGACUGUUGGUGGAUACACUUACACUUCAGAUCAGCGUUUUCAGGCAACAUUUCAUCGGGAUACGGAAGACUGGACUCUUCAGAUCAAGUGGGCCCAGAAACGUGAUGCAGGAACCUACGAGUGCCAAGUAUCAACGCAGCCUGUUACCAGUCACUUUGUAGACCUCAAAGUUGUCGAUAGAGAAUCUCAAGAGCCCCAAUGGAAUCCCAGUGAUCAAGCGACCUCACAAGAUGAUUUGAUGCUGCGCCAAAUUCACUACAGAAAAUAUCACAAACCAGUACCGACUGCAGCCAUAUUAGGUGGUCCAGAUUUACAUGUCGAUAAAGGUAGCACCAUCAAUCUGACUUGCGCCAUACACUUCAGCCCUGAACCUCCGGCUUACAUAUUUUGGUAUCACCAUGAUGAGGUAAUAAGUUACGAUUCGUCAAGAGGUGGUGUGUCGGUGAUAACCGAAAAGGGCGAAGUAACCACGUCAUAUCUUCUCAUCCAGCAUGCCGACUUACCCGAUUCCGGAAAAUAUUCCUGUUCCCCAUCGAAUGCAGAUGUUGCUAGCGUUCGAGUUCACGUCCUGAAUGGUGAGCGGCCAGCCGCAAUGCAGACCGGCUCGGGCUGCUUGUGGAACUGCUCAUUGAACAUGAUCGCACUGAUCGUGGCGUCUCACCUGUACGGGCUCUUCUACGAGUCGCUCUACCUGGCGCCGGAGCGGUAAUCGCCCAACCAUCGUCCUGUCAAUCAUCUUCAACACUGGCAGUCCGAACCAAUUGCUAUUAUGUUGCUAGUGUUAAUAUUGAUUUUAACGGGCGUCGUGCCCGCCGUGGUGCACGUACUGUGUACUAUCCCAUAUUAAACUCGUUGUGAUGUUCGGUGUUCUCUUCUUAGUUGAGAGCUCCCGAUUUAUGUAUUGCCUAAUCCGAUAUGCAAAGUAUUUCAAAAUGAUUGGCAAAAAACUAAAAACCAGCUUAGGCAAAAAUAAACUUUUCACAUUAAUAAGAUAUGUGUAUCUUUAAUAUUUACUACUGUUUUAAGUAAAUAAAUGCAUUGCUGUUAAUUAUUUGAAAAGGUAACUAUUAAAAAUUCAUUAGCAAAUAAAUUUAGAAUAUUGUAUAUAUUUGAUAGACGUAUUUAUAUGAUGAGUUGAUUUUUC